AUGGCCCCUCAGGUUGGCCUUCCAUCCUUUGGGGGCGUCUCGGCAAAGCCGCUGGUGACCCGUCGGGCUGCUCCAGAUGUCGGGGUUCUCUGCUUAGCUGGCGUGGCGGGGUUCUCUGAUGGGGGGAGCGAGGAGAUGGGAACUCAGGGGGGUCUUCCCUGUCGGAGCCGUGUGGAUUCUGGUGGGCAUCUUGGCGUCGCCAGGAGGCAGAGCCCAGAGGAGAGCCUGGCAGGGGUCACGUGCCAGCAGGCCCGACUCUUGUACCAGGAGUACCGAGAUAAGUCCACGCUCCGCGAGAUCGAGACCCGAAGGCUGCAGGACGCGGAGGUCCAAGUGCACGCUGAUGAGUCCCCCACGAGUGAGGAGACCCCAACGGAGGAGGAAGAGGAGGAGGAGGAGGAGGAGGCUGCCAACUCCACCACAAAGAAGGCUCUGCCCCAGAUCUGCCUCCUCAAUAACGCCAACUCCAGGUUCAACCUGUGGCAGGAUCUCCCUGAGAUCAGGAGCAGCGGAGUCCUGGACAUCCUCCAGCCAGACGAGAUCCGGCUCCAGGAGGCCAUGUUCGAACUAGUCACCUCCGAAGCCUCCUACUACAAAAGCUUGAGCCUGCUGGUGUCUCACUUUAUGGACAACGAGCGCCUGAAGAAGAUUCUGCAUCCUUCCGAGUCCCACAUCCUCUUCUCCAAUGUCUUGGAUGUCAUGGCCGUGAGUGAACGGUUCCUCUUGGAGCUGGAGCACCGCAUGGAAGAGAACAUUGUGAUCUCGGACGUGUGCGACAUCGUCUACCAGCACGCCGCCAAUCACUUUUCUGUCUACAUCACCUACGUCUCCAACCAGACCUAUCAGGAGAGAGCGUACAAGCAGCUUCUGCAGGAGAAGGCGGCUUUCCGGGAAGUGAUCUCCCAGCUGGAGCUGGACCCCAAGUGCAAAGGCCUCCCCUUCUCCUCCUUCCUGAUUCUGCCCUUUCAGAGGAUCACGCGAUUGAAGUUGCUGGUGCAGAACAUUCUAAAGCGGGUGGAAGAGAGCUCUGAACGGGAGUGCACAGCGCUGGACGCCCACAAGGAGCUGGAAAUGGUGGUAAAAGCCUGCAAUGAAGGUGUCAGGAAGAUGAGCCGGACAGAACAAAUGAUUAGUAUUCAGAAGAAAAUGGAAUUUAAGAUCAAGUCGGUGCCCAUCAUCUCGCACUCCCGCUGGCUGCUGAAGCAGGGGGAGCUCCAGCAGAUGUCCGGCCCCAAGACGUCCCGGACCCUCCGCACCAAAAAGCUCUUCAGAGAGAUCUAUCUCUUCCUUUUCAAUGACCUGCUUGUGAUCUGCAGGCAGAUUCCUGGGGACAAGUACCAGGUGUUUGACUCGGCUCCCCGCGGCCUCCUCCGGGUGGAGGAACUGGAGGACCAAGGGCAGACUUUGGCCAACGUCUUCAUCCUGAGACUGCUCGAGAACGCGGAUGACCGGGAGGCCACCUACAUGCUGAAGGCCUCAUCCCAGAGCGAGAUGAAGCGCUGGAUGACCUCUCUGGCCCCGAAUCGGAGAACCAAGUUUGUGUCCUUCACGUCCAGGCUGCUGGACUGUCCGCAGGUCCAGUGUGUCCAUCCUUACGUUGCCCAGCAGCCCGACGAGCUGUCCCUGGAGCUGGCCGACAUCCUGAACAUCCUCGAAAAGACUGAAGAUGGUUGGAUUUUUGGGGAGCGCCUUCAUGACCAAGAGAGAGGCUGGUUCCCCAGCUCCAUGGUGGAGGAGAUCAUGAACCCCAAGAUCCGCUCCCAGAAUCUCAAGGAGUGUUUCCGGGUCCACAAGAUGGAUGACACCCAACGCAGCCAAAACAAAGACCGGAGGAAGCUGGGCAGCCGCAAUCGGCAAUGACCUCUCCGACUCCGGCCGGCCCCUGAGCCUAGGGACAGCAGGACAGCGAGCAGGACCCAGAAUAUCCGGGAGAAAGAUGGUGGCGCCCAAGGCCUGGGACAGAGGGGUUAGGAGAGGGGACUGAGCUUUCCACGCGGACCGUGUCCACCCCAACCAAAGGGAUGCUGCUGUAUUUACUGUGUCCAGAAGCCCCCCUCCAGCCCUUCCCCUUCCCACCGCGGCGAUGGGGGAGGCCAGAGCGGACUUCCCGCCUCGCCACGUUCCUGCCUAUCCCCCAACCCUUGUCCUUUAAUAAGUGUGAGAACCCUUUCACUGCAUGGGCAUGAGGGGACCCAGACACCCCAAGCAUUCCCCCACCCCAGCCCCCUCCCCAGGCCCCCUAAGAGGCAGCCAGCCUUCAGCCACUGACUAGGGGAGCCCCCGGUCGCCGAGUUCCAGAACCAGAGAAUUCUGCUGUCCAAAAUUUAUUAUAAUAGAGAAAAAGCAUGGCCUGGUGAGGAAUGGUAAACGGAAGCCAUUGACCCCCCCAAACCCCAGAGGGAGCACCAGCAAAGGACCCUCAGGGUGGAAACUGGGGGGCUCUCCAGGCGCCCCAUCAUGAGGCCGCAUUUGUACACUAGGAGAUACUCCUUCCAGGCACCCUGCCCAGCAUGCCAUCGCCCCUUAGACAUGGGGGGCUCUAUCUGCCCCCCCUUUUCAGUUGCUUGUGAUGCAGAGAAAUCACCCAGCCCAGGCCCCCUCCCCCCCCCAGACGGCAGGCAUGUCCUGAGGCCCAGAUGGGGACUCCAGAAGGAACCAAGAAGGAGGGUCUGGGCUGGGUGUUCUCCAGGGGACCCCCUGAGCGGCUGAAUUGGGGGUGAAGCCCCCGGCUGCCCCCCACAACCAAAGCAGACACCCCAGGAUCAGAGGAGACAGCCGGGGGUCCCACGUCUAAGGAGCGGGGAUGUGAUGUAGGCUCGCAUGACCCCCCACGCAUGUUCUGCCCUUCCUGGGAAGGAGGCAGCCCGGCUCGGCCGCAUGUGCACCCCUCGUUCUCUCCAAGGCGAGGCCCCGUGGCCGACGCGGAGCCCAUUGGGGGAAGCCGGGACCAUCCAGGUCCACGCGUGUGUCUGGGGGCUCCUGCCUCUCCCUGCCAUCCGUGUCUAUUUUAAACGGCUUUUUUUGUUUCAUAAAAUACAUUCCACAUGGUGAGA